AUGCAAUUGUAAACAAUGGCGGCCUUCAAAAAGCUCUCUUUACUUGUACUUUUACUCCUGUCCGUCGUAGUAUUAAGCUCGAGCAUCGUCGACGUUUCAGACCCUGAGCUGAAGCAGUGUAGGCACCAGUGCGGACACCAGAAAGGCUUCGACGAAACACAGAAGAGGCAAUGCGAGCAAGAGUGCAAGGAAUAUGUUAGGCGAAAGAGAGAGGAAGAAAGAAGAGAAAGAGAAAGAGAUUAUGAAAGAAGAUCAGAGGAAACAACAGAGAGGAGGAGUAGUCCGUACGUUUUUGAAGAUGAGCAUUUCGAAACCAGCGUUAAAACAGAGGAGGGAAGAGUUCAUAUUCUGAGAAAGUUUACUGAGAAAUCAAAGCUUUUGAAAGGAAUUGAGAAUUACAGAAUUGGGUUUCUCGAGGCCAACCCCAAUGCCUUCAUUGCCCCUGUCCACCUUGAUGCUGACUGCGUCUUCUUCGUUUCUACUGGGAAACCGACUGUGACUCUGUUGAGGGAGGAGAAGAGAGAAACUUUUAACCUUGUAGAAGGAGAUAUCCUUAAUAUCCCAGCAGGAACCCCUGUAUAUAUCGUUAACCGAGACGAACAAGAGAAGUUGUUCAUUGUCAAGCUAAUCAAUCCAGUCUCUCUCCCUGGCCGCUUUGAGCCAUUCUAUGGAGCUGGUGGUGAAAACCCAGAAUCGUUUUACAAAGCCUUCAGCUGGGAGGUACUCAGUGCCGCUUUCAAGAGAGAAAGAGAUGAGUUAGAAAGGCUGUUUAGACAACAAAAGCGAGGGAGCAUAGUGAAGGCGUCAAGGCAACAAGUUCAGGAGCUGAGUCGUCAUGCUCAAGGUAGUGGUGGCACCAUUUGGCCGUUUGGGCCAGAAACCAGAUCUUCAGGUCCUUUCAAUCUAUUCCGAGACCAUACGGCUCAGUCUAACCGCUAUGGUCGCCUUUACGAGGCUAAUCCCAGUGAUCACAAGAGCCUCCAAGACCUCAAUCUUAUGAUCUCCUUUGCCAACAUCACCAAAGGAGCUAUGUCGGCACCAUUCUACAACUCAAGGGCAACAAAGAUAGCAUUCGUUGUAAAAGGCGAAGGGUCCCUCGAGAUGGCUUGUCCUCACAUUAAAUCGGACCAAGGCCGGGCCGGUCAGCGGCAGGGAGAUAAGCAAGAUAUAGAGAGAGUAACCGGACAGCUAAGACGUGGUGUGGUGUUUGUGGUGCCGGCUGGGCAUCCAGUCACAACCAUUGCCUCUGGAAACAGCAACCUUCAGAUUGUGUGUUUUGAAGUAAAUGCAGAAGGCAAUGUUAGAUACCCUCUUGCAGGAAAAAGAAAUAUUGUGACUGAAAUGGAAAACGUGGCUAAAGAGUUGGCGUUUAGUGUGCCAGCAAGAGAAGUGGACAGAGUGUUUAAGAGCCAAAAUGAGGAAUACUUUUUCCCGGGGCCAAGGUCAACACAACAAGAGGAAGGUGGGGAACGUGCUUAUGCAUGAGUGAUCAUAUCAGAGAGUUAGUUAUUGCGUUGCGGAGAGAAUAUACCUAGUAAUGAAGUCAUCACUUCGAUCGUUUUCAGCCAAGCCAACAUAUACUAAGUCUAUAUAUGUAUAUGUGUAUAUUAUGGAACUAAGAAUGUAUAGCCGAGCUCGAAUCCAGUGGAUAUAUAAAAGUUGAUGUAAUGUCAACUCCAUUGGAUAUGUCUUUAAAUAAGAAUAUAUCAAUGUCUUUAAAUAAGAAUAUAUAGUAAGUUUUUGUCGAGAUAAACAUAAAAGCAGACUUUUUUUUU